AUGCUUGAUUCCUCUCUCAACAUGUAUUGCCAGCUACUCGCAGGUGUCCCUAGAAACUUCAUGACACAGAUGCAGAACUUACUCUACAAAUUCAUAACUAAUGAUCUGACUUAUCAUCAAGCUGCUGCACAAUGUAUAAGUCUUCUUGGAACAUCCGAUCCAAUAGACAAAAUCGUAAUGUUUACGAAUAUUCCCGAAAUAUCAAACUCUUCAUCGUACUAUAAUCAGUAUGGAUCUUCUUCAAAGGUUGGAGGAGAGAAUCCUAACAAAAAAUCCAAAACGUGGACAAAGCAUGAAGACCAACGUCUGCUCGCAGCCAUCCAUAAGUACGGUUUCCUCGACUGGAACAAGAUUAGCGAGUUUGUUGGCAAUGGUCGUUCACGAAGCCAGUGUGUCCAGCGCUGGUCUAGGAGUCUCAAUCCUCUAAUCAACAAGACGCAAUGGACGAAAGAAGAAGAUGAGAAACUUCUCCGUUUGGUCAACAAGCACGGAAAGCGCUCUUGGACAAAGAUCUCUAACGAGAUCGAUGGUAGGACAGAUGUACAAUGCAGGUAUCGCUACCAAAUCAUCACAAAGCAAGUCAAGAAGGAGACAAAUACACAAAAGUCUCCGGAGUCUCCUCUCCAGUCAGACUGCAGUCCAAGUCAAACUGAAAACUUCGACGAAGAGUCUUUCACAGAGAUUGACAGUCAUCCGGAAAAUCAAAAUGACUUCCAGCAGGACAAUCAGCAGACAGUUCAACAGAUUUCUCAGCAGAUCGAACAGUCUGAACAGGGCUUCAGCAUAUUCAACGAAAUGCAGAUGUUUGACCUCCUAAACGAAAUCAGUGCUGAUCCUUUCUCGUUCUUCAAUAUGUAA